CCCGCCCUCGGCUGAGCCGCGGCUGAGGCCUGAGGCGGCUCUGCCCGCCCCGCCGAGCGCCCUCAGAGCCUGCCAAUCCCCCUCGAUCUCCGCAGAGCCCAGCGGGGCUCCUCAUCCUCCCCAGAGCCCCUCAGUGCCCGUCCAUCCCUCGGGAUCCCGCUAAAUCCGCCACUCCCCUCCUGGUACUGCUCAGGGCCGCUGUCAUCUCUGAUCCCACUAAAUCCCCCUGUCCCCUCCGCUUGUCGGUCAUCCCAUCCCCUCAGGUCCUGCUAAAUCCUCAGGGCCUGGCUGGAUCCUCCUGUCCCCUCAGGCAUCACUAAAUCCACCCUGACCCAUCCCCUAAGGAUCCCACCAAAGCCCCCUGCCCUCUGAGGGUCCCACUAAAUCCUUUCAUUCCCUCAGCACCCAGCUGGGUGAUCCCAGCCCUUCUGGAUCCUGCUAAAUCCUCGCACCCCUCCAUAUCUACUUGGGUGCCCUGUCCCCUCAAAUCCCAUAAAUCCUCUCAUCCCCCUCAGUGCCUGGUUGUGUCUCCCCAUCCCCUCAGAUCCCACUAAAUUCCCCCUUCCCCACAGCACCUGACUGGGUUCCCCAUCCCCUCAGACUCCACUAAAUCCCUGAUCACACUUGGUGGCCCAGGACUAAUCUUCUGUUGCAGGGGAAAGAGCUCAGGGAAUUUUGUCAGGGUUGCCCUGAGACCUUUGGCCAGGCACCAUGUUCUACCAUGUCCACUUGCUCAUCAACAAGCGGGGGCCGCUGGCCAAAAUCUGGCUGGCUGCCCACUGGGAGAAGAAGCUCACCAAGGCGCAUAUCUUUGAGUGCAAUUUAGAGAUCACCAUACAAAAAAUCCUCUCCCCAAAGUUUGCUAUAGCUCUGCGAACCUCUGGACACUUACUCCUGGGGGUGGUACGGAUUUACCACAGGAAAGCAAAGUACCUCUUGGCAGACUGCAGUGAAGCUCUGACCAAAAUGAAGACAGCCUUUCGACCAGGCCUUCUUGACCUUCCAGAAGAGAACUUUGAGGCUGCUUAUCAGUCCAUUACAUUACCUGAAGUAUUUCAUGAGUUUGAAGUACCACUACCAGAUGUAAAGGCCAUUGAUGUUGCUGAACAUUUUACCUUGAAUCAGAGCAGAGCUGAAGAAAUCACACUUACAGAGGAUUAUGAAAGCAGUAUACUUCUCUGUGAUAGAAACUUUGAUGAAGAAGCAGAUGCACUGAGGAGACAGAGCUUCUUUGAGGGCAGUGUCCUGACAAGCAGUAACAGUCUGGUGGCUGAUCCCAACUCAGCCAGCACCAGCGGAGACAUAUCUGUGCUGCACGAAGAUGUUUACUGCUUCCAGGAUGACUGUUUUGGGGAUGAGGACGAUGCUGCAGAUAUGAUUGUUGAGUCCAACUGUGCAGACACCACCGUAAAGGACGUAAAUCAUACAGUGAGUGAGACAACCCUUUUGUUCCAGGAUGAAGGAUUUCUGCUUGAGCCAGUUGAUGAUACAGCUGUCACCCAGAGGAAAACAAAACAAAGAAAGAGGAAGCUGAUGGUGGAUGCAGAGAACGAGCUCAGCUGCCACACCAUUUACAAGCAGCUCAAUGACUGGACAGACCUCCUGACCACGCUGGACCUUGCUCCCCCAACCAAGAAAGCAAUGAUGUGGAAGGAGUGGGGAGCUGUGGAUAAACUCCUGUUCCAUGCUUCACAGCCUGAGAUUCAUGUUCAGCUGCAAAAGUUGUUUGAAAAAAGCUUCAAGGCUGACAGAUUUAAGAUGAGAGCAAAUGGAAUACAGAGGACGUCUGAAAUGAAAGAAAUGAGAAAAGAGCAAGAUACUACAGAGAUGCUGCCAGUAGAAGAGCCAAGUUACCUGCAGGAACCAGCUCAUUCUGAGACUGAGAGAAAAAUUAGAAAUUAUUCCUUUAUGUUGACAUCACAGAGUGACAGAAAUGAAACCAAUGAGAACUGUGGUGAAAUUAUAGAGAAUGGAGCAGCUUUUUCUGAGAGCUCAAAAAAUUCUCUGGGCCAGGAAGAUGAAGCACAGCAGGUGGAGGUGCCAAAGGAGCAAACAAGGACCAGGAAAGACAGUGAAGAAAUAAGAUGGGGCAAAAGAACUCUUCGGUUACAAAAAACUUUACAGCAACUGAAGAGAUCAGGUGUGUGUUCCUUCAGUUUCCGGGAGCUCUGCCAGAGAAACAACCGGAAAGAAGCUGCAGCCACGUUUUACCUCUUUCUGGUGCUGAAGAAGCAGCAGGUCCUUGAGCUGCAGCAGCAUGAGCCCUUCGCUGACCUCAUAGCCACUGCUGGACCCAUGUUUAACAAGCUCAGAUAAACUGAUCAAAAUACAGCUUAGAUUGCAUUUUCCAGCAUGGUUUUCCUGGAAAAAGGAUGGAAUGUCUUGUCAAACUGUGGGAGAUGAGCAGAGCUCUCAGUCCUCUACAGCAUCCAGUAAUGGCUUGUGAAGGGGUCCUGCCUCAGGUGAUCAAUACAGGGCUUAUUAUUAAUGUUUACAGUUAUUUAUAGUAUAUAUAGUAUAGUAUAUCUAGAUAUUUAUAGUGUAAUUAUUUAUCGUUAUUUAUAGUGUUAUUAAUAUUAUAAUUACAUGAUGAGUUAUACAAUACAUUAAUAAAAUACCCCUAAAAUAUAUAUUCUAUGUAAGAGAUUUACAUUGUGAAGGAUUUUAUAAAAAUCCUCAAAGGAAUUUUAUAAAUGUCCUUGAAGGGUUUUUAUAAAAGUCCUUCAAAACCUUUCUCAGAGACUACUUUUGGAACUUAAAUUACUUUUGACAAGGCUUGUGUCUGUUAAUUAUUGAAUACCAUCAGUAAGAGUUAUCUGUUUACUCUCUGUAGCAAAAAAAACUUAGACUAUUUAAAAUUGUUCCUGUCAAAGAAUGUUCAGUAUUUCAUGUUUUAAGAUCUGGCAGGGUACUGUUGCUUUUAUGUGUUCAGGCAGACAGAGGUUACACUGGCCCUAGAAGAGCCCAGAAGCUGCAGCAAGAACUUCUAUUUCAUAAAAAUCCUGCAAUUUCAGAUUUCACAGAGCUUUUUAACUUAUUAACACCUUUAUUCAUGUGUAGACCUAUUUAAAAAUGGAUGUUAACAGAAAUAUUAUUAAUUCCUUGCAUUUUUAUCUAAUUUAGGAUAAAUUUUAUCCCUUUUACUGUCCUUUUCUAAAGCUCUUGGCUUCUGGCAGCCUCCCACCUGGAGGAGGGAUGGUUGUGCUCCACUCAGGUGCUUUGAUGCUGUGGGGACAUCACUUUUCCUUCAUGUGGAGUCAAUAAAAAUCAGAUGUUUCCUUUG